AUGGGCACGCCCUUCCCGAAGAUCCCGAUUGUGGACUCGGUGAAGAAGUGGCAGAUGUCCUUCUUCUACGUGCGGAGCGAGAACCCGGUGUUCGACCGGCUCAACGUGCCGGAGUACAACCCGGGUUGUGUCACGGAGGGCCGGCUGUGCGCCGAGGACCUCCUCUGCACCUACGCCGACCGCCGGGUGCUGCCUCUGCAGGCACGCGCCUUCUCCAGAGGGAAGAAGCGGGCCAGCGAGCGGUCCACGGCCGCGCUGGAGGCGAAGGUGAAGAAGCAGCGCCGGCAGGGACCCAAGAAGGUUCCAGAGACGGCCGGGGCUGCUAUAAAAUUUUCCAAGGGCGGCGGUUCUCGGCCGGCUUCCCGCGUCGUGCUGCCCGCUCCGCGACCGAGGAGGGAGCCGACGCCGCAGCCUACAUCGCGUGCGCGCACGCCACCCCUUAUCGUAUCGCCUGUGGUUACGCCUCCUUCCGCGGGGGCGUCUUCUUCAGCUGCACCUUCUCCUACGGCGCCUAGCUCCGGCGCUCAGGGUGAGCCGGCUCGCCGCUCUGGCCAGCCCACUCUUGACGAUCUCUUCCCGCGCCGCACUCGGCUUCUGGAGCCUGCGGGCGGAGCCGGCAGAGGUGCACCCGGCGGGGCCGGAGCUGGCGGGGCUGUGCCGCCUGUGUCUGGAGUUGGCGGGGCUGCGCCCAACGUCGUCGUGCUAGAUGAGAGCCCGGAGGGGGCACCGCAGGCGCCAGGGUCAGCGGUCCCAACCGAGCCGACUGCUUCAACCGUGCCGCCUCCAUCCUCGGAGCCGACGAGGGAGGAGCCGGCCAGGGAGGAGCCGGCCAGGGAGGAGCCAGCGCGCUCGAGCGAGGCCGAUGCUCGGGCAUUGGUGAGGACGGAGGGCCCGACGGGGCCGCCUCAAGGUCUUCAUGUGGCCAAGGGCGCCCGACUGCUGAACGUGGUGUCCGCCUCCGACUCCAGCCUCGGCUCGGCCGGCACUAUGGAGAAGGCAUGGCACCAGGCGGAUGCCUGCGAGGUGUCCAACCGGGAUGGGCGUCCAGGCGUGGCGCCCAUGAACAUGUCCUUCUCUGGCUUCCGCGCCCACCUCAAGACCAAAGCCGCCGAGACCGACGCCCACCUGGCGCGGCUGGAGGAGGCCGACAAGGCCGAGGAGGAGAAGGUGGAGAGCCUGCGCAAGCGGCUGGAGGAGGUGGACCGGCAGCGGCUGCAACUCCGGGACGAGGUGACUACCAAGUCCAACGAGUUGUCGGCCACCACCAAGCGGUUGGUGGAGGAGAUUAGCGCGCUCGACUGCGGCUUGGCGGCGGCCUUCCCCGAGGAGCAAGCGGCGGCACUAGCAGCAGUCAGCGAGGCGCGAGAUGCCCGGAGGCGGGAGACCGGCGAGGGAAGCUCCGACUGCUUCUCCAUGGAGGACUAUCUGGCAUCCAUGGCCACCCGCGUCGCGCCGAUUACGAUGCUCGGCUGGGAGCUCCGGAAGGCGGCGGAAGAGCUGAUCCGGCUGCUAUGGCCAACGGAGACGCUACCGAAGGACCUCGCCAACCUCAUCACCUGGCUUGACAAGGCGCCCGACCGCUUCCUCGACUGGAAGGAGUCCGCCGCGCUUCGUUAA